AUGUUGGUUUGCCUUUUAAACGAGCACCGCGAUUGCGGGCCGCUCAUUUCGAUCAAACCUACGAUGUCGGACGUUGGUAACGACUCGCUACUUGACGAAGUUUGUUGGUUCGAUAUGGACGCUUGCUAUGAAACGUUUGACAAAGAUGGGGAUGGCAAGCUGAGCUUUGACGAGUUCAGACUGAUUUGUAAGGCCCUCUUCCGCAACGACAAGGGCCACAUUUACACAUUGCCUGAAGAGCAGGCAAGACACAUAUUCCAAGUGUUUGACAAGAAUGAUGAUGGUUUUAUUGAUAAGGAGGAGUUCACAUUCUGCUGGAAUCAUUGGAUUAAAGUGAUAGUGCGUCCAGUAAACGCGUUCCUGAUCGUGGAUGUGCAGAAUGACUUCAUCUCCGGCACCCUGAACAUUAGCAAAUGCAACGCGCAGCAAGAUGGCAGCGAGGUGGUGGAGCCUAUUAAUCGUCUCUUGGAGACCGUGCCUUUCGACUGCGUGUUCUACUCCCUGGACUGGCAUCCACCGGACCACGUGUCAUUCAUCGACAAUGUGCAUUUGCGGGAAUUGCACGUCUCUAGUCCGGUGUCUGCGGACAAGGCGCAGGCGUACGACACGGUGGUGUUCGCGGGCCCGCCGCCCAUGCGCCAGCGCCUGUGGCCGCGCCACUGCGUGCAGGACACCUGGGGCGCCGAGCUCAGCAACGACCUCAAGGUGGUAGAUGGCGCGGUGAAGGUGUACAAGGGCACCAACUCGGAGGUGGACUCGUACUCCGUGUUCUGGGACAACAAGAAGCUGACCGACACAAACCUCAGCUUGCAGCUGCGAAACCGCGGUGCCACAGACAUUUACAUCUGUGGCCUCGCUUAUGACGUGUGCGUAGGUGCAACAAUAGCAGACGCCCUGGCCAUCGGGUACCGCGCGGUGCUGAUCGACGACGCCAGCCGAGGAGUGGACCUGGCCGACAUCGAAAAAACAAAGGCCACCAUCAUCAACAACCACGGCGUCAUCGUCACCUCCGACCAAGUACUAGCUAUGGUGGAGGGUCGCGACAGACGACCGGAACUCGGCUACAAGCUCGCCAUGGAACUGAAAAACGCCAUGGAGGACCAACAGUGA